GCGACUUAAAAGUCGCAGCAGCAGCAGCAGAGGCAACAGCUUCAGCAGCUUCAGCAGUUGCAGCAGCAGCAUAAGUACCAUCAGCGAACCAUCACCGCCAGCAAUCAUCGUAAUCAUCGCCAGCAGCAGAGCGGACUCGUGCCAGCGAUCAGGUCGCAGAGACGGCGCCUCCCCUUGGCGCGCGUUGAAUGAACGAGCCCACGACGUUUGCGAGUGAGAGAAUCUCCUCUGCCUGACAUCUCUCUCUCUCUGCCUUGCCAUGACCGCAGCCGAGAGCAUGGAGGCGCUGCCCGUGGUAGCGGCGGGCAGCGGGGCCCAGCUGUGGGACAUCUCGCACCCUCCCGUGCUCUUCUUCCUGCUCUCCGCUCUGCUCAUCCUUCUCGUCACCCUGGAGGCUCGCAAGCACGGCCGCUCUCAUCAGCAGAAGCAGCAGCAGCAGCAGCAGCAGCAAAAGAACAGCGCUCCCGACCCUCCGGGUCCCUUCGCGUUCCCCAUCGUGGGCAACUCCCUCCAGCUGGGACCGAUGCCUCACCUGACCCUCACCGCCAUGGCGCAGCGCUACGGGCCCGUGUUCCGCAUCCACCUGGGCCACGAGCCCGUGGUGGUGCUCACGGGCGAGGAGAUCAUCCGCGAGGCGCUGGUCAAGCGCGGCACCGAGUUCGCGGGCCGGCCCGACUUCCCCUCCUUCGCGCUCGUGUCGGGCGGCAACAGCAUGUCGUUCACCAACUACAGCGAGCUGUGGCGCAUGCACAGGCGGCUGGCGCACUCCACUUUGCGCGCCUUCUUCACGGGCACGGCGGCGACCCGCCGCGUCUUCGAGGGCCACGUGCGCCUCGAGGCAGCCGAGCUGUGCGCGAUGCUCGCGGCGGCGACGAGCCGGGCGGGAGGCGGCGUCGUCGACCCCAGCGAGCCGACGGUGUUGGCCGUGGCCAACGUCAUCUCGGCGGUGUGCUUCGGCAAGCGCUACGAGCACGACGACGCCGAGUUGCGCGACCUCCUGAGCAACAACGAGCGCUUCAGCAAGACGGUGGGCGCCGGCAGCGUGGUGGACGUAAUGCCGUGGCUCAUGCGCUUCCCCAACCCGGUGCGCUCCAUCUACCGCGACUUCGAGCAGAUGAACAACGAGUUCUUCGCCUUCGUGCAGCGCAAGGUGCAGGAGCACCGCGACUCGUACGACCCCGCGGCGACCCCGCGCGACAUGAUCGACGCGCUCAUCGGGCACAUCGAGGGCGGAGGCGGCGACAGCGACGAGGAGGGAGACGCGGCAGACGGGGCCGGCGCCGCUGCUGGUGGCGCUGCUGGUGGCGCUGGAGGCGGUGCGCGCGAGGAGCCCCUGAAGUUGGGGCCGCAGUACGUGGACAGCACCCUCACGGACGUGUUCGGGGCCGGCCAGGACACCAUGUCCACGUCGCUGUUGUGGUUCGUGCUCCUGUGCGCCAAGCACCCGGACCUUCAGGCCGACAUGCAGAGGGACAUCGACCGCGUGGUGGGACGCGAACGGCUGCCACGCCUGGACGACCGGCCGCAGUUGGCGUGCGUCGACGCGUUCGUGUGCGAGAUGAUGCGUCACGUGAGCUACGUGCCCUUCACGAUCCCGCACGCCACCACGACGGACACUGAGCUCAAUGGCUACCGCAUCGCCAAGGGCACCGUUGUGUUCGUGAACCAGUGGUCGGUCAACCACGACCCGGCAAUUUGGCGCGACCCCGAGCGCUUCGACCCGAGUCGCUUCCUGGACGAGACGGGCGCGGCGCUCGACCGCGACAUCGCGCGCCGGGUCAUGAUCUUCUCGUCGGGCAAGAGGAGGUGCAUCGGCUACGAGAUGGCCAAGAUGCAGCUCUUCCUCUUCUGCAGCGUCUUGCUCCACCAGCUGAGCAUGUCCGUGCCCCCCGGGCACGUCGUGAGCCUGGAGGGCGUGUACGGUCUCUCCCUGAAGCCCAAGCAUAUCUCGGUGGCGUUCACGCCGCGCGAACAGCUGCUGGGUCGGCCGGGAGAGGCAGAGGAGUGACGCGAGAGAGAGUGAGGAUAUUACUGUGUUAGUGAGAAUGUAAGUGAGAGUUUUGGGUGGGGGGCACAGAGAGUGAGCGAGAGUAAGAGCGCGCAUGCGUGACAGUGAGUGAGUGGGUGGGUGAGUGAGUGAGUGAGAGAGUGAGUGAGCGAGUGAGUGAGUGAGUGAGUGAACGAGAGAGUGAGCGAGAGAGUGAGUGAGCGAGAGAGUGAGCGAGAGAGUGAGCGAGUGAGUGAGCGAGAGAGUGAGCGAGAGAGUGAGCGAGUGAGAGAGUGAGCGAGAGAGUGAGUGAGCAAGCGAGUGAGCCAGAGAGAGAGAGAACACUUUGGGACAGCGAGUGAGAGCGCGGGGGGGGGGGGGCAGUGUAAGAUAAAUUUUAAAAAACAAAAAUCAUGAAUACGGGAUUGACAGGAGGCGCGAUCCGGGUGAGAGAGUGAGAUCAUAUUUUAGAGCGAGUGAAGAGAUGAACGGGACAAUUGCAAGAAGACACGACGUAGAUUGGAGAGAGAUCGUGUGCGAGUGGAGAAACCAGAGUUGUGUGAUACAUACUCAUGCUGAUGAUGAUGAUGAGUUCGUUGAGAGUGCGGAGGGAGCGGCUACGCAGUGGUUCGCGCACAGCGCCGCACACGCUGUGGACAAGUUCGAUUUACAGCCGCAGCGAGUGAUAUUUGAACGUGUCCUGCGGCCUCGUCCGUAUAGGUCGACACGGCCUUAACACCAGUACACGUAACUGGCAUGGCGUACGUGAGCAUCGCCACUUGGGGAGACAAAGGCGGUCGGGCGUCGUGACGGCUUUGAUGGGUGGUGGAUAACAGCACUUGCCCCAACAUACGAUGGAGACUAUAGGGGGGGUGGGGCUUUGCAUGUAUUUGUGUGUAUCUGCGUAUCAUGUACGCACAUAUACACACUUGCGAGAUGUGUGGUGCAAUUUGACGAUUACAUUCACGAUUCCUCCAUCGAUAAUUUUUUCAUCGAUUAUUUCCAUUCGUUCGCACAGCCGACGGUGGGAACUGCGGUCACUACUGGGUUCAUCUCGCGCGAUGAUAGCUGCAAAAAAAAACCACGUUAAUCGAUUACAUUGAUCGAAUCGUGACAUUGUAUUGGUGUCGACGACGGUGCAAUUCGUUACGGCCUCGCUUCUCAUUAAUUGCGUACGCAGAGCAAUCAAUCCCAAGGGCUGCCGUGGUAAAUAGAGACCCAAAACUCCCUUCCGUGUCGCCACGCCAGGAACACGUAUUUCAUUCAGCCCAUCGGCUGAUGAGCAAUCGAAACUGAUAACAAACCCGAGUUGAAUCGAGCUGAUAUGAGCCAAAGAAAAACAUAACCAAGAUAAUAUGUUCAAGGUGAUAUUGGGUCCAGAAAUGUAUAGUAAUUGUAGUAAUAUUAUACAUGUUAUUAUAAUAACACUAUUGGUCUGGAUGGGCAAACUCGCGUGAUUAUAUAUAUGUGUGUGUGUUUGUAUUGUCACUGAACAAAAAUCGGGCCGACUUUAUAUUUGCUGACCUCACCAAGGGUCUAAUUCACGCGUCGUUGGCGAAUGUUUAUUUGGUAUCAUUUGCUGCAGAGCUACGUUGAUCGAUCACCCCUCCACCAUCGAUAACGGAGAGGGGGGGGUGCGGAGUUCGCACAGAGAUCACAACAAAGACAAAGAUCCUCCCCCCUAUAACCUUAACAGACUGCUGGAGCCAACAGUCACACUCACUCACACACUCACACACACACACUCACACACACCCCCACACACUCACACACAAACACACUCACACACACACCCACACACUCACACACAAACACUCACACACUCACACACAAACUCACACACACUCACACACA